AUGGCGGCUGCAACCACCGCAGAGUACACUGUUCGCCUCGCCAGCACCGCUGAAGAAGUGGCACACUGCCAGUCUCUGAGACGUGAGGUGUUUGUCCAGGAGCAGAAGAUUCCUGCGGAGGUAGAGGAUGAUGGACAAGAUCCAGAUGCCCUGCACAUCAUGUACACUGAGGACAGCCAGCUGAUUGCCACUGGGCGGGUCCUGAUCACCCGCCACGAGAGUCAGAGUGCGGCGAGGGCGGUCUUCUCUCGGGUCGCCGUCAAAGCAGACUACAGAGGUAAGGGCUUGGGGAGUCGGAUUGUGCAGGAGCUCGAGACACUCGCGGGAUCCAAAGGAGCCAACCACGCGAGCUUAACGCCUCACCACUACCUGGAGCGGUUCUAUUCGCGCAUGGGAUAUCAACGGCCUUCCGAUGAUGCCAUCAUCCACCUCACUGACGAGUGCCAGCUCAUAACCAUGGAGAAAAGCCUAGAUGUGGCAUAA